CUCUAAGAUGGGGAUUGAGGUGGACAGAGCGAAGAUCGAGACUAUCAGCAAGCUGCCCCCUCCUACAUCUGUUAAGGGGAUCCGGAGUUUUCUUGGUCAUGCAGGGUUCUACAUGCGAUUCAUCAAGGAUUUCUCGAAGAUUGCUCUGCCCCUGACUAAGCUUCUAGAGAAGGAUGCCCCCUUCCAGUUCACUGAUGCAUGCACAACGGCUUUCACGACCUUGAAGGAAAAGCUCCUAUCAUGGUUGUUCCUGACUGGUCCCUGCCAUUUGAGAUUAUGUGCGAUGCCAGUGACUUUGCUGUUGGAGCUGUGUUGGGGCAGAGGCGAGAUCAGCAUUUCCGACCUAUCUACUACGCCUCGAAGACCUUGAAUGACGCCCAGGAGAACUACACCACCACGGAGAAGGAGCUGCUCGCGGUGGUGUUUGCCUUCGAUAAAUUUCAUCCUUAUCUGGUCUUGUCCCAUGUGACCGUGCAUACAGAUCACUCCGCGAUCCGAUACUUGAUGAGCAAGGCUGAUGCCAAGCCUAGGCUCAUACGAUGGAUCUUACUGCUGCAGGAGUUUGACAUUGAGAUUCGGGACAAGAAGGGAGCGGAGAAUGUUGCUGCCGAUCACCUCUCCCGGUUGGACGCACCCCCUGCGGACAACCUCGAGGAGGAGAUCAAUGACUCCUUUCCAGAUGAGAGACUGAUGAUGAUGUGCCUGGUGGAGAGUGUCACCCCCUGGUAUUCUGAUUUUGCAAAUUAUCUUGUGGGCCAGCAGCUGCCCAAGGGGAUGACAACUCACGCCAAGAGGAAGUUCUUCUCCGACCUGAAGUACUACUUCUGGGAUGACCCUCAUCUCUUCAGGAUCGGAGCCGACGAGAUCAUCUGUCGCUGUGUUAUGGAGAGUGAGAUGGAGGGCAUUCUAUCUCACUGUCAUGAAGGACCUGCUGGCGGUCACCACGGAGGAAACCGCACGGCGAGGAAGGUGCUCCAGUCGGGCUUCUAUUGGCCCACGCUCUUCAAGGACGCAGACGCCUUCGCACGCAGGUGCGACCGAUGCCAGAGGUCAGGUAACAUCUCUGCCCGUGACGAGAUGCCCCAGAAUGUGUUUAUAACUUGUGAGAUUUUUGAUGUCUGGGGUAUCGACUUCAUGGGCCUCUUCCCUCCAUCUUUUGGUAAUACCUAUAUCCUUGUUGUUGUUGACUACGUCUCUAGGUGGGCUGAGGCGCAAGCUUUGCCCACUAAUGAUGCUAGACGUGUUUGUGGUUUUUUGAAGCAGCUAUUCUCCCGGUUCGGGACACCUAGAGCCAUCAUAAGCGACCGAGGCACCCAUUUCCAGGGUCAGUUCGAUAAGUUGUUGUCUCGCUAUGGUGUAACUCAUAAGGUGUCCGUGGCCUACCAUCCUCAAACCAGUGGCCAGGCCGAGCUGACAAACCGGGAGCUCAAGCGGAUCUUGGAGAAGACGGUGAACAUAUCCCGCAAGGAUUGGUCCACCAAGCUCGAUGAUGCUCUGUGGGCAUAUCGCACUGCCUACAAGACGCCCAUUGGUACCUCACUGUACCGGCUUGUCUAUGGAAAGGCAUGCCAUUUGCCCGUGGAGCUAGAGCACAAGGCCUUCUGGGCCCUUAAGCUGCUAAACUUGGAUGUUAGUGUUGCAGGUGUUGAGCGAAAAAUGCAGAUGUUGGAGCUGGAGGAGUGGCGUUAUCACGCCUAUGAGAACACCAAGUUGUACAAGGAGCGCACUAAGCGCCUGCACGAUGCACGGUUGCGGUGUCCGAAAGAGUUCCAGGUUGGUGAUCGAGUUCUCCUUUAUAACUCUCGCCUAAAGCUCUUUCCUGGAAAACUCCGUUCCCGGUGGUCUGGACCGUACACGGUCAAUCAGGUGUUCCCGUAUGGCACGAUUGAAAUUGCCAACCCACAAACUGAGCCGUUUAAAGUGAAUGGCCAUCGUCUCAAGCUCUACCUGGGAGACGAGGUUGAACGUGCGGAGUUGGCAGUGGAGCUCGCGGACCCUUAGUUCCGCAAUUGGCGUCCAGCUAAAAGACGGUAAAGAAGCGCUUGUGGGGAGGCAACCCCACCACGGUUUGCAUUUCUACCUUUGUUUUUAUUUAUUUAUUUCAUCUUUGUCGGUUUUUGAGUCUUUGAGUCUGGCUGGAGUCAGUCUGGAAAGUUUUUUCGUGCCUCGGGCGGCUCUUUUUGAUGUGUGAUUGGGUAAAUUUUAGAGCCGGGGCACGAAUGAAUCUUGGUGGUUUGAGAUUGAAAAUUGGAAAAAUUGCAUUUUAGGCUCGGCAGUAAAAACACGGGCAGCAGGGGGCCAAAACACGGCCAUGUUUUGCCCUGUUCCGCCCGUGUUUUGCCUUUUAGCCUCGGCAUAAAAAGCACGGGCACAG